CUCUUCGCCAAGUGCAGGGAGAGGGGAGUUAGAGAGAGAAACGAAAAGGAAGAUGAAGAGAACACGCUGGAGGCUCCUCCAGAUCCUCCUCUUCCUCUUCGCUCUCAACUCCGUCUCUCUCGUCCUCUACUUCACCUCUCACCACCACCACCACGACGAAAAUAACACGAGCAACAAUAACUCCGUAACGGAAAACCGUCUGAGGUUAACGGGAAACCGCCGUCCGAAACAUUCUUUGAAGCCAUGGCCAAUCAUGCCUUCGUAUCUCCCUUGGUCGCCGGACCAGAAAGUCGUACCACGCUCCUGCGAGGCGUACUUCGGGAACGGCUUCACUCGCCGCAUCGAUCUACUUCCUUCUGCCUCGAUUCGCGGCGCGGGGUCGUUCGGUGGCGGCGGAUGGUUUCGGUGCUUCUACAGUGAGACACUUCGUAGUUCGAUAUGCGAGGGAGGGAAAGUGAGGAUGGUGCCGGAGAGGAUUAAGAUGUCGAGAGGAGGUGAGAGUUUGGAUGAGGUGGUUGGGAGGAGGGAGGAGGAGGAGCUGCCCGUAUUCGAAGACGGCGCGUUCGAGGUGCUUGGGGUUGGUGGAGAGAGCAGGAAGAGGAGGCGGCUUGCGAGUGAGGAGUUUUUGGAUCAGUACGUCCGUGAAGGUGAGAUCAUGCGGCAUACAAUGCGGGAGCUGCUAAAGUCUGUUCGCAUUGUGGAAGACAACGAAUUCCAGUGCGAUGAGUGGAUUGAGGAGCCAACACUAUUCGUUACGAGGUUCGAAUAUGCAAACCUAUUUCACACUGUUACAGAUUGGUACAGCGCCUAUGUAUCUUCUAGAGUGACUGGCUUACCUAAUCGGCCUCAUCUGAUUUUUUUGGACGGUCACUGUAAGGCACCACUGGAACAAACAUGGAAAGCGUUAUUUUCGGGUCUUAGGUAUGCGAAAAACUUCACUGGUCCUGUGUGUUUCCGCCGUGCUAUUCUCUCACCUCUGGGAUAUGAGACUGCACUAUACAAGGGACUUACUGAAGAAAUAAAUUGUCAAGGGGCAUCUGCACCUGAUCUGUGGCAGAAACCUGAUGACCAGAAGACUGCACGAUUAUCAGAGUUCGGAGAAAUUAUCAGAGCCGCUUUUGGGUUUCCUGUAAAUCGGCACCGCAUAGAAAAGCCAGCCUUAGGUCAUAAUGUACUCUUUGUUCGACGUGAAGAUUAUAUUGCCCAUCCUCGCCAUGGUGGUAAAGUAGAAUCGAGGCUCAGCAAUGAACAAGAAGUGUUUGAUUCAUUACAGAAAUGGGCAUCUAAUUACUCAGAAUGCAAAAUAAACCUUGUCAAUGGAUUGUUUGCGCACAUGUCAAUGAGGGAGCAAGUUCGAGUCAUUCAAGAUGCUUCAGUAAUUAUUGGUGCUCAUGGUGCAGGUCUCACUCACAUAGUAUCAGCAACACCAAGGACAGUGGUUCUUGAGAUUAUUAGCAGCCAAUUCAGACGUCCACAUUUUUCAUUGAUUGCCCAAUGGAAAGGGUUGGAAUAUCAUGCUAUCAAUCUUCCUGGAUCAUAUGCCCGACCUGCAGUGGUUAUCGAGAGGCUUAGCAAAAUCUUGAGACGUCUUGAAUGCUGACAAUUUCUUGGUUUGAUCUGAAACUAAUCGAUGCCUGUGUUGCAUGGACGUGGAAGUUUGUGAGCGAUUCUCUCUGAUCACUGAUAACUCGGAAGUAGCCCUUUGAGCGAUGGUGGAACUUGCGAAUGCAGUAGAGCUCUGCCUUGAAUUCAAUGAAGAUUGGUCUAGUUCCGUGCUAUUUGAUUCGGGUAGCGGAGGAUACACGCUGACUUCUGCUGUGGUAUGCUAUCUUGACACUGAUUGUCGUUGACAAUACCCUAAUCAAUAUUUAUACUUCUUUAGGCAAGGGAUUGUCUGGCCAAGUGUUAGUUUUGCUUGGGAAAGGCAAUCCCUAAUCCCUCACACUACUGCCUUCUUGUACAAUAGAUAACAUCAACACAUAUUUAACUCCAUUUGGUUUUUUCAUGGAAUGGAAAUACCAUUCCACCUGAUGGAAUUUCAUAUGUUGUAUCACAUAAGAACAAAUUAUAUGCACUCAUUCUCUGAUUUGUGAGGAUGAACAUUUUUUUCACUGAAUGAUGUGAAUUGAGCAUAAAUAUACUA